AUGGAGCACUUUGGUGGGGGGAAGCCGGACGGUGCAGACUUCGAUCUGUCCCAGAUCACCACCCAACCGCCUCAAAUCUUCGGUGCCUCGAACCCUGAUGGCUCGCCCGUUCAACCAGCCCCUCCUGGGACAGCUUUCUCUGAAGACCAGCUGAUGGGCAGUAUGGAUGACAAUAAUGACGCCAAACGGAGGAGAAUAGCCAGGGCUUGCGAUAUGUGCAGGAAGAAGAAGAUAAAAUGUGAUGGGAAAAUGCCAAAAUGCUCGCACUGCAUAAACUACAAGACAGAGUGCAACUUUACGCAAGUUGAGAAGAAAAGGAAUCCGCCCAAGGGAGCGAAAUACAUUGAAGGCUUGGAAAAUCGAUUGGGCCGUAUGGAGUCACUCUUGCGGCUUUCUGGGUUGUUAUCAGAAGUCGAUGGCGGAAAGACAGAUCUCGGAACACUCGAGCGCCGGCUUGCUGAUAGGUCCAUUAUGACGGGCAACCAGCCCUCAAGGAUACCUGCUGUUUCUAGCUCAAUGCAUUCGAUGAUGCCGGCUGUAUCUUCCCAUCAAUCCACUCCUCAAGCAGAUUCUGGCCCUAGCCCCCGAAGUCCUACGGGUUCGCCCAAUUCUCAAAAGGAUUCCGAGGCAGAGUUGGAUUCGCUUUCGGAUAUGAUGUGCUCACUCGUCACAACCAACUGUGGCGAGACCAGAUAUAUUGGAUCCUCGUCGGGAUUCUCCAUAUUCUCCCCUAAAGGUAUUCAAUGGGUAAAUGAAAAAACGGGCGACUCCUCCUUUGAAGAUAUGAUAUCAUCCGCCUAUAUAGACGACAACAAGUGGAUUUACUGGAAGCCAGAAAUUUUCAGUGACAUAUUUGCCCGUCGAGUAUUCAAGCCGUUGCCACCACGGGACGAGGCUCUUUCCCUUUUCAGAGAUUAUUUUGAGAAUUUCAACUGUGUUUUCCCCCUGUUCCAUGAACCGACCUUUAUGCAUUUGGUAGAAAGACAGUAUUCACGAGAUCCAUAUGAAGGCUCCGGUUGGUGGGCAAGCAUCAAUGUUGCCUUAGCGAUUGCUCAUCGAUUACGAGUCAUGAGCAACUUGGUGCCACAAGAAGAGGACAAGAAGGCUUGGCUUUAUCUGAAAAACGCAAUGGGUGUGCUGACGGAGUUGACCAUGCGGAAUACCGAUCUAUUAAGUGUACAGGCACUUCUUGGAAUGGCUCUCUUCCUUCAAGGGACUCCCAACCCACAACCGAGUUUCUUCCUUGUUGCAGCCGCUAUUCGUCUUUCCCAUAGCAUUGGCCUCCAUAAACGUGGCUCCGGAUUUGGUCUUAACCCGGUAGAACUCGAGCAAAGGAAGCGGGUUUUCUGGAUUGCGUACAUGCUAGACAAAGAUAUCUGUUUACGCUCCGGACGGCCACCGGUGCAAGACGACGAUGAUAUGAACGUUGAACUACCGAGUGAAGACCCGCCGGAUAACAUAGGAAAUGUCCCCCUUUCCGAUGGCAAAAGCAAAGUAAACCUGUUUCGGCUGAUGUGUCUCUUUGGAACAAUCGAGAGCAAAGUUUAUAAACAGCUUUAUUCUACAAAGGCUGCACGGCAGUCUGAUGGAGAGCUUCUCAACACGAUUGGAGAGCUUGAUAGGGAGCUCGAACAGUGGAAGGACAGCAUUCCUCUUGAUUUCCGGCCUGAAUAUGAAAUCAAGGCUACACAUCGACCUCUCAUAUUACCAAUUGUCGUUCUUCAUUUUGCUUACUACAAUUGUCUUACCACCAUACACCGGAUGUCCGUCCACCAUGGAUAUUGGACUAGUCGUUUGUCUAAUUUCGCAAUUCAAGGCCUCAAUGCUCGGCCUUUGAACCCCCGAGUGUUUUCGUCAGCGGUUCUAUGCGUAUCUGCAGCCCGGGCGUCAAUCAAUUUGAUCAAAUAUAUCCCACAGGGGGAUUUCUCUUGCGUGUGGUUGAUAUUAUACUUCCCGAUUUCUGCUCUGGUCACGCUGUUUGCGAACAUUUUGCAAAAUCCGUUAGAUGCUCGAGCUCGAUCGGAUGUGAAGCUGAUGAAUCUUGUUGUGAAUUUCCUGUCGAAACUUGCAACGGACGAGUCGAACGGCAGUGUUAAGCGCAUGCUUAGUGUGUGCUGCGAGUUUGAAAGGAUCGCCAAAGUUGUAUUAGAUCGAACAGAAAGGGAAGCACAGGCAAAACGAAAGCGUAAGGCUGCAGGAGACGACGCCAACUUCGUCAGCACGCCCAAUGAAUCCACAGCGAAUAUGCCUCAGUCUGCGCAGUCUCCAUCGACAACCCAAACUCAAACUACUCGAACCUCUCCUACGUUUUCUUAUAUGCCGAACCCCGCCGCACGCCAGGGAACAAUUCCCGCGAUGGGCAGUUUCCCAUCAUCUCUCCCGGGACAACAACCAGUUUUUCAAACUGUCGCACCCGAGAAUGGUGCAGGAGUGCUUCCAAAAGCACCCGUUGGAGCCAAUCAAGAAUUUUCGGAGUUGCUAGGGGGUCCAGCCAUUAACCAAGCAGCAUCGCUGAAUCAUGAUCAGCCGUACACAUCAGAUUCCAUACCUAUUGAUAUCUCCGCGUUUCAACAGCCGUUUUUGCCCCAUGACUUGUGGCAAAUGCCAAUGACGCUGGAGUGGGAUUGGGCCGAGAUGCAGAAUAACGGCUUCCAGUUUGGCGACGAAGGGACUAACUAA